UUUCGGAUAUAAUAUUUCAUUCAUAUGACAUAGCUAAAUAUAAAAUUAUAUGAAUAUAUAAAUAUGCAUGUAUGUACGUAUAUUUAUAGUGAAAAUACAAGUUACCACGAUAAUCAUGGCAGUGCGUUGUGUCAAUUAGAAGUGCGCCUACGUUCGCCGUCCAAGAUCGAUAAACGGUAGAGUUAUACCUAAAACGAGCGUUCGCUUGCGCACAACGAAUGAAAUACUGAGUGUUCAGGAAAGAAAACGAUGCCAAUGACGAAAGCGACGACGCAAUAUUAACAAUUGUGACGAAAACAGCAACAGUGGUUACGGCAGUACGGUUAAUGACCAUUCUAUUGCCGAUGAGUGUCAAUAACGAUGUGUUGGUGACAGUGAUCGGUGUCGGAUAAUAUUUCAAAUAAUCAUUGUUAUGAAGGAAUAAAAUAGGUGUAUAGAAAACAUGAAAGUUUUAAAAUUCAUGGAGAAAGCUUUAAGUUAUAUUAUGGCAUAAAUACAGUGGAGAAAGGAGUACUGUACACAUAAAAAAAUAUAUAGGUACAGAGAGAAUAGAAGGAAAGAAGCCACAAUAAUGAAGGAGCACGGAAGCAAACUUCCGCCGGAACAGCCUGCGAAAAUUCUCAAGUCCUUGUUAAAAAAACCUGGUCAAUCUAAAACUAAAUCGCAGAAAAAUCGAGUUGUAAUAAACGAAAAAUUAAAUGAAUUUUUCGCUGCUGAUUAUAUAAUAUUAAUAAAGGAAGAAUGUUGUGCUGAUUAUGAAGAAGAUUGUGAUUGUUGUUGUCAAGAACAUGAAUUAAUGCGUUUAGGAAAUUGUAAAGAAUGUCGAGCCGAAUUGAAUCUUCAUUUUAAUCUAUCGGAUAAUAAUCAAUACCAUAAUAUGGAAAGAGAUGAAGAAAUAAUACACGAGAAUACAUUAAGAGAAGAAAGUUGUAGUAACAAAAAAUUCGAAUGUGUAGAAUUGCAUCUAGAAAAUGAAGAUAAUGAAGAAUAUGAAAUAGAAAUAGAAAGACAUAAAGAGAUCAAAAAAAUAGAAAGAGAAGAAGAAUUAAUGGAUAAUAAAGAAAUGAAAGAGAUUGAAGAAACAAAGGAGCACGUUAUACAAAAAAAAAUCGAAAUACGAAAAAGUACAGAAACUGAAGAGAGAAAAUUUGAUAUAGAAGAAGAUGAAAGAAAAGGAAGAAAAAUAGCAAAGUCGCGGAAUAUAUGGGAUAAAAAUAAACGGAUUAAUGAACAAAAGGAUAUCGAGAAUCAUAAACGAAUGGGUGAAUUUGUAUUGCCAUCAUUGACAAUUACAUCGUCGUUAUCUUCGCUAUCACCACCUCCUCCACCGCCAUUACCACCGCCACCACCACCACCACCACCACCUCCACCGCCACCAUCACCACCACCACCACCACCGCCACCACCUCCACCACCACCUCCACCACCACCAUUAUCACAAUCAUCAGUAGAUAGACCAUCAUUGCUUCCAAAGCAAGAACAUCAACAAGAAACAUUAAGUCCACCAGAAGGUUACAAAGAUGUUUAUUCUAAUGGACAACUUUCUAACGUAGCAGAAUGUUGUUUACGAUCAUCCUUAGAUUAUCUUCACUGCGAACGAAAGCUAGACCCGGAAAUUGAUGGAGAAUCUAAUCAUAAAAUAAUGGAAAAGAGAUGCAAUCAUAAAAUAACAGAAAAUAAUAAUGAACAUAUACAAAAAACGGACGAACAAAAACCCACUUCUAAUGAAUCUCAUCAUCGAUAUCUCGUGGAGACUAUAACUAUGACAACUGUUACCGAACACCGUAUUGUACGUGAAAUCAGUGAAGAUAUUGAUUUGCAAAAUGGAAAGAAAGUUAAUCGAAAAAAUGUUUCCGAAGAAAAUGUUACUUCCCAUAAUAUAACAAAUAAUCAUAGCACAAUCAGUGAAAAUAAUUCUAUUGAUUGUAUCGGAUAUAAUAAAGAAAUUCAUUGUCACAAUGUUACCAAUGAUCAUAAUACGCAACCAGUAAUGAUAAACGAUAUUGAAAAUGACAAUGAAAACCAGUUUGCGAUAAAUCAAACUCCAUCUGAUAUAAAAGAGUUUUCCCUUAUUUUUAAACUAGGUAACUCUUCUUUAAUGGGUAAUAGUCUUAAACCAAAUUCGGCAGUUAGACAAUUAUUUCCUAAUCCAAAAUUUGUUUCGCCGCCACCAGUCCCUUUUGGAAAAAUGAUUUCUUCGACGCAUGCUCUUGAUGAUCCUCAAGAUAACCCGACAUUUCUCGUUACUACAGAUAAUUCACGUUUUUAUGGUGCAACGAAAAAAUCGAAAAUUUCUGAAAAUCAAACUGUAUUUCUCCAUGAAGAGACAACGAAUCCAAUUAAAAGAACGAUCGAGAGAAAUACUCUUCGAAGAAGUUUUCUUGAUAAAUAUCGUACAAAUUCUCGAAAGAAAAUUCCUUCCAAGAAUUUAUCAUUAGAGGAACGAAUACGUCAACUUACUUGCGUGGAUCAAGAAGAAGAUGAUAUUUAUCAAAAUUCUAUUAAAGAUGUCAUAGAUUCAUCGAAUACUGAAAUCGAUGCUGAAUGUUUUGCUUCGACACAUGCUUCAUUAUCAGAACACAAACAAAAUAAAUUGUUAUCAACGGAAACACUUAUUCGUAAUACAGCAGGCAUUAAUGAAAUGUCAACAGUAACAACAUUAUCGGCACCGAUACCAGUCGCUACGAAACUCAAUGCAUUGCCUGAUUUAACAACAAUGACUACCACCACGAUAACUACAACAGCAAUGACAACAAUGUUAAUAUCAAAUUCUUCAUUUGUAAUGACCACGGCGACGACAACAGCUAUGACAACAACUAUUGCGAGUUCCAAUUAUUAUAAACAAACUUCUUCAGCUGGUAAUAGCCCAAUUCUAGAUAACAUACACAAUCAUUCGACAUAUAAAAAAUUAACUGAUUUGUUUGCACAUAAAAAAAAUAUUCCUUCAAAUUUACCUGAUCUAGGUCUUGGUAAUAAUGGAAAAAACAAUAUCGCUAAAGAUAAUCAACAAUCAAAAAAUUCUUUGAAAACGAAUAAUUCUGAUGUUCGUAAACAAUUUUUAGCCAGUCUUGCCCCAUUGUCAUGCGUAACUGUUAAUAAUUCAGAUACUCAAGAAGAUUACUAUCAAUAUAAUUCUAGAAUGGAAAAUCGUAGUUCUACAGUUUAUAAUACUUAUAAUACUUUUUCACCUUACAAUCUAGAAGAUAUCAAAACAGUAUUUUGUGAAGAAGAUCGAAAUAAUGUAGAACCAGACAUUACUAAAGGAACACCAACAAAUAUCAACAAACCAGAUGUAGGUGAUAGUACAACAGAUGAAUUAUUGGCAUUUAUAGAACAAGACAAAUUUAGAACUGAAAAACUAAAACGACGUUAUAAUGAAGUCGAAAAUCAAUACCAUCCAGUAAUGAAUAAUAUUAUUGGUUAUAACACUGAAGAUAAAAUCAAUAAAAUUGUUGAUGAAAGAAAUGAAAGUGAUAAUCAGCAAGUUGGAUUUACUUACAACGAGAAUAUUAAUGAACAUGAAAACAAUGGAAACAAAAAUCGUACUGUAAUUAAUGAAAUGCAAUGCAUUAUUAAUCGCCAUUACAGUAACGGCAAUAAUAUUAGUAGGAAUAAUGAUAUUGAGAACGAUAAUGAUGACAAUGAUGACGAUGACGAUGAUGAAUUAAAUGAUUACGGAUUUAACCGUAGACCAUCAGUAACCGGCAUCAAACGACAACAGCAAGAUAAUAAUAUCGAAGAAAAAUUUCAUCAAUGUGGAAGUCUGGAAAAUGAUAACACAAAUGUUCUUAAAACAAAUUUUCAUUCUUCGCUACCGACAUAUUACGAAGAUAAUUGUAUUAAACUUGAUAGCCGAAUCGCGUUAUAUGAUGAAACAAUAAAUGGUUCUACAUCAAACACAUUUGUCGAUACUUUAGUUGCUGAUGAACAAGAUGCGAACACAAUUAAUAGAAUAAAUACAAUGCAAAAACAAAUUGAUGAUAUCUAUCAAACUAUUGUAGAGAAUACUAAUGUUACUGCUCAAAAUUCUUUGGAUUGCGAACAGUAUACAGACGAUGUUUUUAUACAACAAUAUUCUCGAUUACCAGCGAACGAUAAUAACUUUCGUUUUUAUCAAGAUUCGAGAAAUAGUCAACAGUAUUUUCAAGAGCCAUUAAAUAUUACAAAUACACGAUCAACACGAGGUGUUGCAACCGGAGCUGAGGAGAUUGAUGGCAAUAAUGCUAUUGCUGGUAUCAAUGAAGAUAAAAAUACAAAUGGAUUCUCUGGAAAAAUUCGACGAAAAGAAUCCAUUGCAACUCCUUCUAAUUAUCGAUGUAACAUAGUGCCUACAACUACGUAUAAAGGAAUUCCUACUAAUGGCAAGUGUUAUCGAACCAUGUAUUUUGUUCCGUAUAAUGGUAUAUCCGAUCCAACUUAUCAAAAUAUUCAACGCAUUUUGCCAUCUCAUCCUUCUCCUAGUUACGCGAAUCAUAUUGAAAGAUAUCCAUAUCCUCGAUCUAACAAAAAUGAUCAUCGAUUGCAAACACAAACGCAAACACAACCAUCAUUAUCAACAACGCAGCAAUUGAAAUAUUUCCAUCGUUCAGUAUCACCAAUAACAAAUAUUUCUCAAAAUCUUGAUCAUAUUUCGCCACUUCCUUCUUCUGGUUCAUUCAGUAAUCAUUUCUCGGGAUCUUCUCUUUUAGAUUCUCGGCUCACAUCGUCUAAUUCAAUUACAUUACAACCUACGCAACAAACUUUGCAUCUCCAUUUGCAUCAUCGUCAGCAACCAGAUGAUUUUCGAAUUUCCGGAGUUGCUUUUUCUUCAGUUCCUCAUACUGCGAAUCAUUCGUUGCAAUUUCAUCAUCACAAGCAACAACAACAUCAUUCAUAUCAUCGCCACAAUCACCAACCAACCUUUUAUCGUUUACCAUCCACCAUAUCCGUAACAUCUUCUUCUUCAUCCUCCUAUACCGUAAUAGCGCCAUCGAGAUGUGCUUCCUUUAAUGGUGACGGAAUAGCAACAUCCGAAGGUUCUUAUCGAUUUUAUCAACUACAUUUAGGACGUACCGUUCUCACACCUUCCUCUGAUUUUCAAUCAACUCAAACAUUUUUGUGUGAUUCUAUUUCAGCUCCUACUAAUUCCACUUCGUUUUCUCCUGCAUUAUCAUCUUCGUAUUUAUCAUCAUCUUCUCUACAAUCCACUUUCUGUUCUCUACCAAUAGUUACACCUCAACAAAUAUCUCAACAAACCUCGAACUUCGUUUUUCCAAAUCAUACAGGGAUUAUUCAUUCUGUUUCUAACAAUCUCGUAACUUCUGCACCAUCCACUAUCACUGUUUCUUCUUCCUCAACUAUCUAUACCUUAUCUUCUUCGUUGACAUCAUCGUCAUCUUUAACGUCAUCAUCUGCUUCUUCUUUUUCUUCUUCCUCUUCCUCUUCUUCUUCAACUUGUUCCUUUUCUUCCUCUUCGUCAUCUUCCUCCUCAUCUUGUUCAUCAUCUUCUUCGUUACAAAUUCCUUGUUCACCUUCGAAACUACAACAACAACAAAUAAUUAACAAUUAUACAACAAUAGAACGUGGAGUUCCUGAAGGAGCAGCUAAUGUACCAUCCCACGAUGUUUCGCAAUCCGGAAUUUUACUUACAACAAAUUCUUAUGUCACACAUAAUUCCACUGGUGUUCAAGCUUUACCAACUCAUGCGCAAAAUUCUAUAUAUUAUGCCAUGAACGUUUAAAUUUAUACAAAUCGUUAAGUAUAUGUGUUUACGUAUAUAUAUAUACACAAUAUAUAUAUACACAUAAACCAUAAGUCACAAUACAAAGAAUCAUAUAAUGCAAUCAUUAUUUGAAUAUUUCAAAUAAUAAUGAAUUUAUUAUUCUUAUUACACAUACUUAAAACAUAUAAAUAAAUAUCAAAAUAGAGGUUUACUACUUAUUUCUUUUAAGCAAAGGGAACGAAUUCAUCCAUUUUUGUUCAUAUAAAACAACAAUAAGCGAUGAUAAAAAUAUUUGCAUUUUUAUUAAGACACGCAAAUAGAUAAACUGCCCUUUUUCGAAUUGAAUACGAAUCGAAUCGAAUUAAUUAAUUAUAGAAUAAAUUAUAGAGAAAAAAUGCACUCAAAAUCUGUAUAAUUUUAAAAAAUUGUUUGCCACUUAUCAUAUGGCAAGAUUCUAAAUACAUUAUAAUGGAUUCUAGUCACGAUGAUAUACUUACAGGGAUAUCAAAUAAACCAAAGGAUGUCUUCACAAUUUUGAUGUGCAGAUGUAAGUACAGCUGAUACAAAUUAUUUUCAAUAGAUUGAAAUUAAUUUUUGCAGUGGAAUUGAGAAAUAAAUAAAUUAAAAAUUUUAUAGUUAAAAAAAAAAAA